AUGGCAAAGACCGCAGUCUCCAAGAAAAAGGCGCCGUCCAAGCACUCGCGCGAGGCCAGGAGAGCAACUUCUCCCAGCAUCAACACGGACAAGUCGCUGAAGGAUGUCCGCCCGCCGCCCGAGUCCAUCAACCACCGGCCGUCGAUUCUCGCCAUCCACCAGGGAGCGGGCGUGAGCAAGAAGCAGAAGCACGGCCGGAACCAGAGCACCCGGGCCAAGAAGCGCGCGCUGAGGGACCAGGACAGGGCCGUCGCCAUCAUGGAGCGCACGCAGAACAAGGUGCAGAAGAGCAAGGGCAGCUCCAAGAACAUCCAGGCCCGGGCCAAGGCGUGGGAGGAGAUCAACAAGCUGGUCCCCCAGGAAAUGGCAGCUGAUCAGGACGAGGACGGAGACUCGGACCCUGACAACACCAUGAGCGAGGUGCAAAAGGCGAACGCUGCCGCCGUGAAGAAGGCGGCCAGGGUGCCUCUGCCGCUGGCUCUGGCAGCAGAUCACAAUGACGACGACCACGAAGACGACGACGAUGACAUUCUAUAA